AGUAAGCCAACAUGUCCCAAUUCGAUCAAAUUAAGUUAGAAAUAUUCUCAUGGACUAAGAUCUCCCACGGGCUAUUUGAUUAUCAGAAUAAGGACUGUCGCUGAUGACAUAUUAAGGCAGACAUUGCCUCACAGGUUUUCUUGAGAAUAGAGAAUGCUGUCAAAACUUUCAAAACAUUAGGCAAGGCUAAACAGUUUUAAAGAAGAGAACUGUCGGUAUGUAGGAAGAAAGCAAGAUAUUGAGACCUGAUCUUUCUUGUUUUGUUUUCUUUACAGCGAGGGAAAAUUAAACAUUUAUAGCUAUAAUCAGCUAGAGGUGAUCCUAAAUUAUUUUGACGAUAAUCUCUCACUUACAGAAAUUGAUUUGCAGCUAGGAAGUCUGUUUGAGGGAUGUGUAGAUGUUAAAGAGGCUAAAGAUCUAUUGAAAUUCUUGAGUGCAGAACCUUUUUCAAAAGAUCUUUGGAAAGUUGCCAAGACACUCGACUGGAGGAAGAACUACAGAAGCUUCAAGUUAGUUUCAAAAGGAGUCGAAAUUUUUAAAGGAAAUAUCAUUAAAAUGGGCCGGCUCAAAAUGAGACUGAUGGAUAUGAAACUUCAGGGUCAUAAUGCUAUAGAAAAGAGCAAAGAAAGAGUAUUAUCUUACCAGAUACCAGCACUUAGCGAAGAGGAUGGUCCUGUCGAUGUAAGAGACAUCAGUAUUGAGGCAAGUGAACUAUCUGAAGAAAUUCCUCCAUGCAGAUUUUGUUUGUCCAAUGUGAUGGAUGACAAAUAACAAUCCUUUAAUCAAUCCUUGAAGUUGUAAAGGAACCCAAGGAUUAUUACACCUUGACUGCUUGAAGUCUUGGAUGGAAUCGAGUAGAAACCACAAAGUUUUUAGCCAGCACUCAGAGAUGUACACUUGGAAGGCAUUGCAAUGAGAGUUAUGUAAGACACCUUAUCCAUUCAAGAUUUGAUUUGGUGGGAAAACUGAGAGUUUAUUACAAUUUAAGAUACCAGACGGGGAGUUCUUGGCAUUUGAAACCUUUCUAAAAGAAGGCUCUGAUAAAGCCACCUCAAAAUCUGUUUAUAUCUUAAAUCUGGAAGAAACUGGAAAUUACAGAGUCGGUAGAAGCCAUGAGGUUGAAUUCCAUAUAGAGGACAUUUCAGUGUCUAGAUUCCAUGGAGAGUUACAAGUCACUCAGAAUAAAGUAUUUAUGCAAGAUUAUAAGUCUAAAUACGGAACUCAGAUUUUGGUGAAGGGAGAACAAAUUAUUGAUGAAGCUGACUGCACUAAAAAUAUGUUUCAAGUUGGUAGAGCUUGGCUGAUGCCUGGAAUUUUCUCUUGUUGUCGAAAGAAACAGAAUAUUGAAGAGCCUACUGAGAGAAGAGAUUUAGACCGUAAUCCAAUUGAGGGAAGGCAAAUUCAAGAAACCCAUGGGAAUCUACUCGAUAGUCAGAUUUUUCUGAAACUAGAGCAAGAUAUUGAGGAUCUCCAAAAGGAUAGAGAUAGUGUGUUCUAUCUUGAUGAUGAUUUCUAUAACAAGCUUGUUGGAAUAUAUAACCAAGACCAGAAAACUAACAGGAGAUCGAUAGAAGUAUAUGACCCCAAAGAAACAGUUGAUGAUCUCAGACCACAAGAAGAUUCUAAGAAAGAAGAGUCUGAUAGUUCUGACUCAGAAGAUGAUAAUAGUAACUCUUCAGGAAUCAAUGAAUCGGAUGAAAGCGAUAGCACUCCUUUCCAAGAUUCAGAAAGUAUAGGAGGCUCUUCGAUAGCAGGAGUUGGAGUUACAAAUAUGAGAAGUCAAGUAAUUCAGAAGAAGGGAGCUAUUUUUAAAGCAAUCCCAAAAUAGCAUAAAUAUAUUUUAUUUAUCUUA